UUUUUUUCGUUUCGGAUAUUUUAAGGUUCUUUUUAUCUAGACUAUCCCAUAAAUUUUUUAAAUUUUUGAAAAUUCGCCUCUCUUUCUAUAGGAUUUUAAUAUUUGCAUGUGCCUCUACAGCUGGAUGGAUAGAUCAAGUCCAACAAAUUUUUGUGGAUGGAACAAUUCCUGUUGCGCCAGUCUUAUUUGAUCAGCUUUAUUUGAUUAUGGCUAGACGUGGUGCUUGGGUUUUCCCAAUUUGUUAUUGUUUAUUAACCUGUAGAACGCAAAAAACUUAUGAACGAAUGCUUGAUUUAAUUCAAAAACGUUGGCCAACAUUUUCUCCUCGUUCAGCUUCAAUCGACUUUGAGCAAGGAUUUUUCAAUGCUAUGAGAGCAAAACAUCCGCAAUGCAAUUUACAUUUUAGUUUCUUUCAUUUAUCUCAAAAUUUGAAGAAACAAAUGGGUGAACAAGGAUUGAUUCAACUUUACAAUACGGAUGCUGUUUUUGCUGAAUCCGCUCGAAUGAUUAUUUGUUUGGCUUUUCUUCCAAUCUCUGAUUUAGCCGCUGCUUUAACUGUUCUUGAAGCUUGUCUUCCAAAUCAAUUGCAACAAGUUUUUGAUUGGUUCCUUGUAAACUUUUCUGGACGUCCCCGUUUUGACGGCACUUUAUCCCAACCACUAUUUUCUCCAAACCAAUGGAAUGCUUAUCAACGUACUUUAGACGGUAUAGACCGUAUAGAAUAUUAUGUAGAGGGUAUACAUCGUCGAACAAAAAGAGCAUUUACAACAAUUCGAACAAAUUUGUGGGCAUUUAUAGAUAUUAUAAGAAAAGAACAAAAAAGGACAGAUGAUGAAAUUAGUCAAUUUAUUGGCGGCUUAGACCCUCCGAAAAAGGGAAGGAGGCAAUUGGCUGCUGAAGCAAAAAUUUUAAGUUUGGUACAGCAAUAUGUCCCGAUAGUUGAUCAUAUGUAUGCAAAUCAAAUACAGGAUCCGAAUCGUAUUAUUGAUUUUUUGGCGCAGAUUUCGCGUAAUUGUGAGGCUGAACAUUAA